UAAAUUAGUCCACGUGCUUCUGAGUACUCAUGUUAAAUCCCCAUGAAGCUGUGAUUAAUUGAUGGACUCUCCAUUUUGUGUCAUAAGUUAUCACAGGACUACACCUACACCUCUCUCUGGGGUGAAAAAUAGAAUUUCUGUUGACUUUGUUCAUCUCUAAAGGGACUUCCCCUUCCUCAGAGAAUAUUUACAUACAUAGAACAUAAAUGCUGUCUGAUUUUCUAAAAAAAGUGAGUCCAGAAGCCCUGGUGAAAAAUGAUACUUCUGUUUUGUCUUUUACUUAAUGUGGCUCCUAUAGCUGAGGGAAAAUGUGCUUUAAAUUUUUAUUAUGAUGGACUACUUGAUGACUGUCAGCCCUGCUCCGUUAGAUGCAAAUCUCCACCAACCGUAUGUGCAACAUAUUGUAAACCGACAACAUCAUCUAUUAAUGAAGCUGGAGAGAAGAACAAUGUUCGUGUAAUCCUCAUAGUACUAUUCGUGUUCUUUGGAGCUUGCAUUACGCUGACUCUUAUUCUUCAGGUCAUGCGCAGAAAGACCUGCAAACCCCUCAUCAAAACUAAAGCGCAACCACAAGAGACAUCUGAAAGUGAGAGAGGUUCUGAGACAACUGAGCAAUCUGACGAUGGAUCCCCUGACAUGGAAGAGGGAACAUGCAAAACUCACUGCAACACCAGCCUUCCGCUUCCUUCCACAGAGGAGGGCACCACUAUGUUAGUCACCACAAAGACAGUGCAGACAUAUAACUGCAGCACUCACUAUACUGAAGAUGUAACAUUCGAUGUCAGGAGAGGUGCUAUGGUAUAAGGAUAAAUGAGAGCUGGACAAAGAGCAGGCAAGAGUUGUAUAAACGUAUGAUUCUACAUACAAAACACAUAAAGCACUCAUCUCUUAGUAAGAAAUGAAGUGUUUGUCAAGCAGAUCAAAGUAAACAAUGCAAAGAUACUAAUGCAGCAUAUGUAUCAUAGUUAGUACAUUUACUGCAGUUUCAGCAGUGCCAAAGUAUUCUGAGAACUUGAACAUCUGUAUCAGGUCUGAUAUGUUAAAGAGCAGUAAAGUUUCAUCAGCAUUGUUAAAGUAUGCUAUAAACUGAGCAUAUUACUGUGAUGUGAUUGAUUUCCUCUGGAAAUAAAA